UCCAAUCCAUGGACAGUGUCUUCUCCGACGAAGCUGCAAGGCUCGAUUUCCUGCAAUCCGCAUUUCACUCUUAUGGCUGUGCCUACAUUUGCCUCUGGUCCUAUAGUUCCUCGUCCAAUCGGUUGCUGCUCUUGGAUGGUUUCUAUGACGUACAGAGCCUUCAAACAAGCUCUUCCCUGGGGAGUACUGUUGAUCAGAGGCUUUUUGAACAGUAUAGAGGUUUGGAAUUUGAUGUCACUUCUGAUGGCCGCGUUCCUGGACUAGCGUUUUGGAACCAAUACUCUUACCUAGAGCUGCAACAAUCUGAUCUCCUGCGACUGGCAUGGACUGAUAUACAGAGGCAAUUCUUUCAGGAAGCAAGGAUUGAGACAGCUGUUUUCAUAGGUUGCCACAACGGGGAAAUUGAACUUGGGUUCUCUUCUGUCACUCAAGGUUCAGAGAUUCAAACAGAUAUGCAGAGGUUGUUUCCAGAAGAACUUUGUAGACAAUCCCACCAAGUUGCACACAAGAUUCCACCUUCAUCUCCAUCUCCUUUGAGAUCAGAAUCCACGGGCAGCCCAGGUCAGAACACAUGCCUCCUAUUCAGCAACAUUCCGGGCAGUUCUCUCUUGCCCGAAAUGUUGCUGCUGCAAGAGAACGAACAUGAGGGGAUGGCUAACAAGGCGAUUCAUCAUCAUGUUAUAUCUGCGUCGCCGCCGCCUUCAAAAAAUUCUUCAACUUCACUGCUACUUGUGCAAGAUCCGCCUAAUACCUUCCCAAGUGGGUCAGUACAAACCGAAUCUGAGGAGGCAAAGCUUGCUCAAGAGAUGUUUUGA